GUGUUUAGAAGUUGACAGCCAAAAGCUGUAUCAGCGAUGUGACAUGUGUAAAAAGUUGACAAACGAUCAACUUGAGGAACUUGUUUACUGAUUUGUUUGCACUCAUUUUCCCGACAGGCAUCGUACAAACUCACCUUUGAACCCCAGUUGAAAACAAGCCGAUCAGCUGAUCUAACCUGGUAACAACAUCCAGUAAAUUCUACCUACCGGGGAGGGGAAUGAUUACAAACAAGCUGGUUGAAAAUAAUGACUCCUUCACAACCGGCACAGUAUCUAAAUUGAUGUUCUUACAAGUAGAGUUGGUACCAAGAUACGGCUGUGCAGCAGGACUGUGAACAUAUAUCGCUAUGCGGCUAUUUGAUAGAGAGUUGCCUGGUUUGAAAUUCAGCUCUUUUGCCAGCUAGGUCACAGCCUUUAGAGAACAAAUAUUAUUUUGUUGAUGUCGGGAAACUUUUUUGAUGUAUCUUGAUUAAUAUGGUUUGUUGCGGGUGGAAAUGUAACUAAACUGUAAUUAAGUUGACGCAUUAUUGCAAUGUUUUACAUAUUGUACGUAACCUUGUUUAUUUAACUCUGAUGCUAGCUAGCUACUGGAGGCAAAAAUCAGCUAGCUGUCCGAACAAUAGUGUUGUACACAAACAAUGCUAGCCAGUUAGCUAGCAAAGUAAGGAAUUUGUGAUUUUUACGAGGUGGUUAUCAUUACACGUCUACACAAAAGGUUUGUACGCUAGGUGGGUUGCUGGUGUGACGUUACAUGUCCGGUCAUGUUCAUCAUAACGCUGUUGCGAUAGUUCUAGUGGUCAGAAUUGCAAGGGAGUGUAGCCAAGUGUCUCAACAAAUCUAUUUAUAGUUCAUAUUGAAUAUUUCAUUGUACGAUUAACUGUAAAGCCUUAAACGAGUAUAUAAAAUGUUUGCUCUGGGAUUUUCGUUUAUCGCAAUCCAUUUUUAGAUUAUGCCGUGCAUAGACGUAAACGGUAACCGUAAUAGUUAGGAGUCUCUCUUGUAAUGUCACUACUUAGUUCGCUGUCUAUACUCGGUCUUAGGUUAACGUUAUAGACAUUAGCACAGUGCCAUACUGUAGGUUUGAGUCAUCUUAAAUUGCUAAUUUUGCUAUAUCUUGAAAAUAUAAUUUUGACUUUGUUUGUGAACCAUUGUCUUAAUUAUACCAUAAUGCAGUUGGAAACAGCAUAGCCUGUAGGUUACUCCAUAGCUGCCCAGAUGUGUUAUAGAUAAUAACGUUAGGGCAUUUACAAAUUCAUAAAAUUACCGUCUUAGCUCUUCAGCCACAGAUAAGUGAUGAGUGGACAAGACAAAGGCAUGAAUACCGUGCUUGUCUGCCAGGAGAGCUAUGCCUGUGGAGGUUCAGAUGAGGCCGCCUAUGAGUGUGAUGAGUGUGGUAGCCUGCAGUGUGUGCGCUGUGAGCUGGAACUUCAUAGGCAGGAACGCAUGAGGAACCACGACCGAGUUCGGAUUUCGCCGGGCCAUGUGCCCUUCUGUGAUUCCUGCAAAGGAGAGAACGGGUCCCCAGUGAACGGCGGACGACUUCGGGCGGUGGUCCGUUGUCAGGGCUGCAAAAUCAACUUGUGCCUGGAUUGUCAGAAGCGUACCCACAGUGGUGUCAACAAACGGAAACAUCCGCUCACACCCUAUCCUCCUGCCAAACCAUCGGACAAGAACCCUGCAGCAGGCGAUGGAGAAUUGGAGGCACUUAAAGCCAAACUUGAGAAUGUCUCUAGCUUCUUACUAGUGGAUGACAAUGAAGAUAUGCAGCUGCAGGAUGAAGAGGACUUUGUGAGGAGGUUAGGCUGCGGACCAGAGGAGCUUCUCAAAGUCGUGUCCAUCUUUGGCAACACUGGAGAGGGCAAGUCCCACACUCUCAAUCACACCUUCUUCCUCGGCCGGGAGGUGUUCAAGACUUCCCCUACCCAGGAGUCCUGCACAGUGGGUGUCUGGGCCGCCCUGGACCCCAUCCACAAGGUGGUCGUCGUAGACACAGAAGGCCUCUUGGGUGCUGGGGCGAAUCAGGGACAGCGCACGCGGCUCCUGCUGAAGGUGCUGGCCGUGUCGGAUCUGGUGAUCUACCGCACGCACGCUGACCGGCUCCACGACGACCUCUUCAAGUUCUUGGGGGAUGCCUCGGACGCGUACCUGAAGCACUUCACCAAGGAGCUGAAGGCCACCACCACACGCUGCGGACUGGACGUGCCGCUAUCCACGCUGGGUCCCGCAGUCAUCAUCUUCCACGAGACUGUCCACACCAAGCUGUUGGGCUCAGACAAGCCGUCCGAGUCAGCUGAGAGGCUGCUGCAGGAGCGCUUCCGGAAGCUGGGCCUGUUCCCCGAGGCGUUCAGCUCCAUCCAGUACCGCGGAACGCGCACCUACAACCCACCCACCGACUUUAGCGGCCUGCUGCGCAACCUGGAGCAGCAGCUGGACAACAACACCACCCGUUCGCCUCGCUCCGCCAGCGUCAUUUACAGGGCCUUACAGGCACUGAGCGAGCGUUUCAGCGGGGAGAUUCCAGAGGAGCACUUGGCCAGCAACUCCUUCUUCCCCGAUGAGUACUUCACCUGCUCCAGUAUCUGCCUGAGCUGUGGGUCAGGCUGCAAGAACAGCAUGAACCACCUGCGGGAGGGCCUGCCCCACGAGGCCAAGCACCGCUGCCGAUACUCUCCUCACUACGAUAACCGCAUCUACACCUGCAAGGCAUGCUAUGAAACGGGUAAGGAGGUCAUUGUUGUUCCCAAGACAACAGCAUCCUCCGACUCGCCCUGGUUUGGUCUGGCUAUUUAUGCCUGGUCAGGGUACGUCAUUGAAUGUCCACACUGCUCCGUGAUCUACCGGAGCAGACAAUACUGGUACGGAAACCAAGACCCGGUUGACACAGUGGUCCGCACCGAGAUCCAGCACAUCUGGCCUGGGUCUGACAGCUUCCUUAAAGACAACAACAACGCUGCCCAGCGGCUCCUGGACGGUGUGAGCUUCAUAUCCCAGUCGUUCUCUGAACUCAGCGUCAAGCCCACCAAAGCGGUCACCUCCUGGCUCACCGACCAGAUCGCCCCGGCCUACUGGAAGCCCAACUCCCUCAUCAUGAAAUGUUAUAAAUGCGGCGAGGCCUUCCAGGACAGCGACUCCAAGCACCACUGCCGCGCCUGCGGGGAAGGGUUCUGCGACGCCUGCUCCUCCAAGUCCCGACCCGUGCCAGAGAGAGGCUGGGGACUCGCUCCAGUGCGGGUCUGUGAAGCCUGCUUUCAGAACCGGGGCAUCCCAGAAGCAGAGCUAUUGGACGCCGCUUUGGAGGAGGAGGAAGGAGGAACACUGAUCCCAAGGAGAGUGGGAGAAGUGGUGCAGAGCACGCUAGGAGCCGUGGUUACCGCCAUAGACAUCCCUCUGGGCCUGGUAAAAGAAGCUGCCCGGCCUGCCUAUUGGGUGCCCGACCAGGACAUCCGGUGCUGCCACCAGUGCCAGCGAGAGUUCAGCGCCCGUCUCUCAAUCCACCACUGCCGUGCCUGCGGGCAGGGCGUGUGCGACGAGUGCUCCCAGGACCGCCGGCCCGUGCCCUCCCGCGGCUGGGACCACCCAGUACGGGUGUGCCUCGGCUGUAGCCAAAAGGGAGGGGAGCUCUAGCAGGAGAGGAUACCGGGGGUGAGGGUGGGGGGGGGAGAGGGGUAGGGAGGAGGAAGAGUGGAGGACUGCCUGUACACGGCUCCACCGACGCCUCAGAACACCCUUGAGUCCCCUCUCCCCUCUAGAAGUGGUUCUGGCUUGGUUUGGUUUGGUCUGGUUGGGCCCGGUAAAAGCUUUGGCAGGGCUUUUGUUAGGCAGCUGCAGCAGCUUGUAUCACGGGAUUUGUUGAAUGAAAAGAAACCGCCCUCCCCCGAAUACAAUCCUCCUACGCUUUGUAUGUUAAAUCUUUGAAACGAAGGGGAAAGUUAUGGUGGUCUGCUCUCGGCCUUCUGGGAAAACACAAGGAGACACUUGCACAUACCUUUUGAUCUGCAUCUAAACUAAUUCUGACACAAACUUGAACAGAAACCCUGACAAUCUCUGGCAAUUCACAGAUUGAGGUGUCCACCAAUCACUCUUAAACCCACAUAAGCACAUUGGUCCGGGUUCCGUUUCUUCUUGCUUUGGCUCAAGCUUAGGCUUGGCAUCCAAUUGCAAGUAGCUGUCCACCGAAACUUGAAACGGCUCGCUCAGUUUUGAUGACUGACAGUGGAUGAUCAUGGAGUCUGUUUAUCUGCGUUUGCAAUGUGUUUACAUGUACACUUCAGCUUCAGCCAACUUUAACCCCUCAAAGAGUUAUCAGCCAGGGUUAAUUAAUGCACAGAAGACGCUGAGAGCAGGUACACCUUUCCCAACAAAAUCAGUAAUAAUAUAUUACGGAUAAUGGUAGAGUCCGAAUCCCCAAUCCUUUGGCCAUUUAUUAUUUUAAUGAGGUCCAUCUCUUAAACCUUUUCCAUGUUUUGAUUAAUUUUCAACCUUAAUCCCUCCCUCUCCCAUUUUGUUCCCCAUCCUUAAAUGUAGCAUCUUAGAUAUACUCCAUUAUAUGUAUCGAUAUGAUUAAUUGCCUGUUAAACAUGGAUCAUUGAUGGGUCAUAAACUGUCAUGGUCUGCCAGCCAUCAUUUUAUAAUGGAAAUGUAUUGUAAUAGGCUUUUUAGGUUGUUGAAAGGGUCUUUAUUGUUUUUCUGUCUUUUUUUUAACGUCCAUUCCCCCCCCCCCCCCUCCCAGAACAGCCUCAGGCGCGGAUUCUGACCUCUUAAGUCUUUCAGAAACUGUUGAGCAUCACGUGAUGUUAAGGUGCUGCCCUAUGGCACAUCACUCAAUCAUACAAAUUACUCUUGGAUGAUUCUUCUACCCCCCCCCCGUCUCGAAGGUGUGUACAGUGGCAUGUUACUACGCCAGUUUCAUCGUGGUCAUAAUCCUCUCCAUAAUCAGUGUAAUAUCUUCUCAGUAAGCUCAGUGAGUUACAGUUUGGCCGCAAAGCAAGCUUAUAGAAGGAGUCCACAGAAGUAUACAGGUCUGGGGAAAGACAGCUAAGGACUGUAAUUUACAGAAGAAGUAAGUUGUUAAACUAUCCUGUUUUCUGCACCAUGUACGCUGAUAUAAUUAAAACAUAAGAAACCUA